AGGUUAAAUCUGCUCAGAUAAGAGGUUGACGACAGGUUGUCUGUGACUACAUCUGACUAGUGAAACUCGUUCAACGCUCUGUCAGUACCUCCUGUAAAGUGUUUCCCACUGAGACAAGACUUAAAAGAGAUUUAUUCCAGAGUUAAAGGCUUGAAGUCCUGUAGAUAGUUUUAAGAAAAAGUUAAAGCCACUCUAACUACUUGCAGAAGUGUAGAACUUCAAGUCAUCAGAAAUAAAUUCUAUUCCCCAAGGUUACAACUCCUGGAGAUUAUUUCUUCUAUAAGUCAUAACCAAAUGACUAGAUGACCAGAUGGCUAGAUGACCAGAUGGCUAGAUGAACAGAUGUCAAGAUGACCAAAUGGCUAGAUGACCAGAUGGCUAGAUGACCAGAUGGCAAGAUAAAAGAUGUCUCCUCAGCAAACAAACUUGGAACCGAUUGUUGGCAAACUUAUCAAUCUGUCACUCGCAAGUGACAAAUGUCAAUCACCGAACAGAGCCGCUACAAGAGGUGUAGACCAUGACAAGGCAAAGACACCCUGUCAGUCUAGGCGUGACCCAGUCCUUCACUUGUAUUCACAUAUUAAGUACUCUCAGAGGCUAGAGAAGCAAAGACAGACCCGCACUGCCAGGGCAGAAAGAAAGAGGCGAAAGGAACUCAUUCUGUCUGGUACCAAGUCUUUUGAGGUGGACAGACACAGUGGUCGAUGGCUGAGUACGGAUUUAAACUCAGACCACCAAGAGCAAAGUCUCUCAACCAACAACAGCUAUUCGGGAAUCCGUCCAAACGAGUCUGCAAAAAAUAAUGGGAACAUUCUAGAAUUCCCCCAGGAGUCAGAACAUUCUCUUUUUUUUGACGAGUGUCAACAUUCUAAAGAAAUCAUCAAGAGCCCUGACAGUCAGUAUAGCGCCUUCAUGCCUAUUAAAGACAGAAAUGCUCACUCUCCAAACAAGAAUCAAAUUCAUAUCCGCUCAACAGAAACAGGUGCAUCUGCUAAUCGAUCGAAAAUUCAUUGGAAUAGUGUACAACCUGGUAGAGUGACUCCUGCUCGAGUACCAGUCAUUACAAUCGAUAGUCAGAGACUACUGUAAUAUACAUGCCCAAUUAUUUGUGUAAAUACAUAUUUCAUAAUAUAGUAAUGUUUUAAGAUUUUUAUUGUUUGUAUAAAAUAUUUUGUAAAAUAAAACAAUGUGUAAUAAUUUUGUAAUAUUCUUGAGAUCUUGACGGCGUUUACACCGUUUAGGAAAACAAUAAUACUUGCUUGUAAUUUAUUGACUACGUUUUAUAGGUUCAAAAUAAGCCAACGGCAAAAGCAAGAAAACAUGCCAUUAGUUUUGUGAGGGUUGUUUGUCAGCUGGUCUGUCUGUCUGUCAUGUUCAGAUCUCAGAAAAUCCGAUCUCAUCAUAUUUUAUAGCAUGCUGAAAAUUGUACUAUUGGUCUGACAGAAAAUCUUUUGGUUUCUUUAAUUAUUGAAAUACUUAUAUAAUUUAUCAAUGAUAUAUUAUUGAUUGUUUUGUGAUCCAAAGAUUAGUAAAAAAAAAAGUCUUUAUAUUUGUAGUAGCUACUAACAUUUGACCGAAAAUACUUAUUUUGUUUAAAAAUUAUAUUAUAUAUUUUAUUCACUAACCGAAACAUAUUAUUAAAAGAAAUAUUUCAUAAGCUGCUCGCUUUAUUUAAUAGUGUUUCAUGUACACCUGUACAUGUCCAAAUAGAGUCGAACGAAAAUCAUUGGGACCUUAAUCCACAUAGAAUGGUUUCUUCCAGCGACCAGGAAUGAAAUAUACGCUAUUCACUAACACCACAAACUAAAUGUCCCCCAUUAACUAGAUGAUUGUUUAAUUAAUUAGUCCAUAUGUUAUGACAUGAUUAGGAAUUAGUUAUUUGUUUCGGGAAUAGGGUAAAGUUUUACUUAGCGACGAUGACGUAAAGUGGGUUAAAAAACAAGAACGCUCUAAGCGACGCAAAAAGGAAGACGUUUCUUGUAGAGCAGUAGAAUAGAUAUACGGAUUUACGGACAUAGCUGACAUCG